AGUGAGGGGUUAUUUAGGACUGUCUGAGCAAAAACCAAACCAUAGACUUGCACUGGUCCCAUCAUGGUCAGGGUCUGCACCAACAUGGUGUGCUUAAUAGCUUUACUCUCUGCACUGUGUGCACUCACUGUGCUCGGACAGGACUUGUAUGUAAUCACAGAAACAGAUGACACUGGAGCUUAUGAGUAUUAUUAUGAUUAUACCACCGACAGCCCUGCAGAAGAUUUGGAUCUGGCUCUAGAUGACUGGUUGUAUGAACUCAUGGAUGUCACAGACGAGUGUGAUCCAAACCCGUGUUUGAACGGAGGCAGCUGUGACCAAGCUGCUGACGGGAGCUUCAGAUGUUUUUGUCCUGAGCCUUACUCGGGGAAGAAGUGUCAGACAGUGAAAGAUGUUUGCAAGAACGUGAAUUGUGGCCGUGGAAGCUGUGUCGUCACAUCUGCUGCUCCAUUCUACAAGUGCAAGUGCAAACAUCCGUACAAACCACCCAACUGUAACAAAGCUUCUCCCUGCAGGCCCAACCCCUGUCAGAACGGAGGCUCUUGCAUGAAGGGUCCAAAACGCUCCUCCUUCCAGUGUUCCUGCCCUCAUGGGUACAGUGGGACGUUCUGCGAAGUUGCACCAAAUGACUGUUACCAAGAGGACGGAGAGUUUUACCGCGGCAUGGUGAGUGUAACCGUUGAAGGGGAAGAGUGUCUGGACUGGAACUCCUAUUUCAUCCUGCAGAAAGGAGGAGAUCCCUUCAAAGAGUACGCAGGCUUCGAUGGAAUUGGACCACACAAUUACUGCAGGAACCCUGAUGGGGAUGAUCAGCCCUGGUGCUUCAUUAACAACAAUGGCAAACUGAAGUGGAACCUUUGUAAAGUUAGGAAAUGUUCUGGAGCUCCAGCCACCCCUCCGACCAUCCAUGAAACAGAUCCGACUCCAGCCAAGCCGGACGUCACUGCCGCUGCCCAGUUCUCCCAGUGUGGGAGGCCGCAGCCCGGCCGCUCGGCCCGGAUCUUCGGAGGGAAGAAGUCUCUCCCUGGGGCUCAUCCAUGGCAGGUUUCCCUGCAGACCAGAACCAAAGGCUCCUCCGAGCCCUUCGGCCACAUCUGUGGAGGCAUCCUCCUCGAGUCCUGCCGGGUGCUCACUGCUGCACACUGCAUUAAAAGCGGAGUGGAAAUGCAAGUGGUGCUGGGAGGAGUGGACAUAGAGAAGGAUGAAACAUACGAUCAGGUCAUCCCUGUGGAGAAGGCCAUCGUGCAUGAGGAAUACAAGGAGAGCCCCUUUGCUCUUCAUAAUGAUGUUGCCAUGCUUCAGCUGAAAGUCACGGACAGACCGUACUGUGCCAAAGAAACCCGCUUUGUGAAGACGGCCUGUCUGCCAAACCAGCCCUUCAGCAGCGGGACGGAGUGUGUGAUCUCAGGAUGGGGCGUGACUGAAACACAGAAGUACGGUACCAACCAGCUGCUGGAUGCUCGUGUCCUCCUGAUCUCUCAGGACAAAUGCAAAGCUCCUCAUGUUUACGGGGACUCUCUGGACGACAGCAUGUUCUGUGCAGGCAACAUGAAAGGAGGUGUUGACUCCUGCCAGGGAGACUCUGGCGGCCCUCUGGUGUGUGAGCGUAAUGGGACCCACUAUGUUGUUGGUGUAGUGAGCUGGGGCGACGGCUGCGGCAAGAAGUACAAGCCUGGUGUCUACGCCAACGUCGGCAGAUUUGUUGACUGGAUCGCUUCUCAUUUACUCUCAUAGGAAUGCAUGUGGCCAUACUGUACUGUAUAUGCUGCCACAUGACUUGUUGUAGCAAUAAUACACUUUCCUUUUGUAAAAAUUAAGUUAGGAUCAGAGAAGGUUUGUCAAAGCUAUCACUCCAUGCCCAGAGUGUCAAACUUCUGACACAUUACCUCAUAUGUUUUAGUGUUUUAACUCCUAUACCUCACUGUGGUGGUACUGAUUCAGAUUUAAUCUGAUUGGGAAGAAGCCUGAGAACCAGUUCCCAACCACAUAAUGCAGAAAUACUUACUCACAAGUGCCUUCACAAUGUAAAAUCCUUAAUGAUAAUGAAAAAAUGCCUCUUUGAUAAGGAAAUGUGUAUAGAGGGGGUUUCAAUGAAAAUAAACCAAUAAAACAAUAUAACAAAAUAAAGUCACGUGUUUUUAAUACCCCAGCUCAAGUUUCCGAAUGCUCAAAAUUACCCUCAAAAAGAAAAGUUAAUACAGCAAAGAAGCAUCAAAAGGGCCAUCAUUUUGAUCAAAUCCCGUAGUUGCAGGGUAGAUUAUUCUUAAUGUGUCAGUUCUUAAAUGUUUUUUGUGAAUUUGUCUUUAGAUUCUAUUGAUUGUGCCUGUGAAGGAUUCACAUGAGACCUCUAUGUCGUCAGUGAGUAGGUCUAAGUUCCUCCUCAAAUUUAUUCACAUCCUUUUUCCAUAUUCUGUGAGAGUAUUUCUUCAUGUCUAGUUGAUAAAUAAACCUGUUUUUUCAUUA